AUGCAAAACAAAUGCUACCCUUUAGCUCACCUCAAAAAUUUUCUUGUUGUAUUCUUAACACUUACGUUCUCAUUAUGUCAAUCCCACGAUUAUGGAGAAGCCCUCUCCAAGAGCCUCCUCUACUUUGAGGCCCAACGAUCGGGGCACCUCCCGCACGACCAAAGGGUGACCUGGCGACACCACUCUGGUCUCACAGACGGCCUUGAACAAGGGGUGGACUUGGUGGGGGGCUAUUAUGAUGCUGGCGACAACGUAAAGUUCGGUCUGCCAAUGGCUUAUACUAUUACACUGCUUUCUUGGGGUGUCAUUGAGUUCAAAAAUGAAAUAGUUGCAGCAGGUGAACUCAAUCAUGCUCUUGAAGCCAUCAAAUGGGGAACUGAUUAUUUCAUCAAAGCACACACUCAUCCUCAUAUUCUCUGGGCUCAGGUGGGCGAUGGGGACACGGAUCACAUGUGUUGGCAGCGGCCUGAGGACAUGACAACUUCCCGGUGCGCUUACAAGGUUGACGAGGAACAUCCUGGAUCUGAGGUGGCGGCUGAGACAGCAGCAGCCAUGGCUGCCACCUCUAUCUUGUUCAAGAGAAAAGAUCCACAUUACUCACACCUUCUCUUGGACCAUGCAGAACAGUUGUUUGAGUUUGGGGACAAAUUUAGAGGCAAAUACGAUACGAGCAUUGAAGUUGCAAGAAGAUACUAUACGUCAAUUAGUGGAUACAAGGAUGAGUUGUUGUGGGCUGCCCUGUGGCUGCAUAAGGCAACAAACAAUAUAACCUACUUGGAUUAUGCUAUUAAUAAUGCUGAGGCCUUUGGUGGGAGUACUUGGGCCAUCACUGAAUUCAGUUGGGAUGUUAAGUUUGCCGGUGCCCAAAUUUUAGCUUCCAUGUUGCCAAUGAGAGGAAAGAAGAAAAGAGACAAGCUAGUCCUGCACGAAUAUCGUUCAAAAGCCGAACACUACAUGUGUGGGUGCCUCAACAAGAACAAGGCUGCAAACGUGAAGCGGACCCCUGGUGGGCUCCUCUACACCCGUCGGUGGAACAAUAUGCAAUAUGUCACCACCUCAGUUCUCCUGUUAGCAGCCUACACCAACCACCUUCGGUCCACCAAAGGAGUGUUAGACUGCCAUGCGGGCCCAGUGGGCCAAGACGAGAUUAUGGCCUUUGUGAGGUCCCAGGUGGACUACAUCUUGGGAUCCAACCCCAUGGGCUUGAGCUACCUGGUUGGGUACGGACCUGCGUAUCCAACCAGGGUGCACCAUAGGGGCGCAUCCAUCGUGUCUCUCAAGGAGAGCAGGGAUUUCGUGGGGUGCAUGCCAGGGUACCAUCACUGGUUCAUGUCGCCCAACCCUAACCCCAACGUGCUCGUUGCGGCUUUGGUGGGUGGACCAGAUUCCGAGGAUGGGUUUAGGGACAAGAGGGAUAAUUUUGCGCAGACGGAAGCCUGCACAUAUAAUACUGCACCGUUGGUUGGGAUUUUUGCUAAGUUCCACUGGUUAUCCCUCGACCAUCCAUCUGAAAAGGUGAUUUGA